AUGAAGGCGCUCUGCGCCAUCACACAGAAUGUCCUCGACAACCUCAACAGAAACGAUGAUAGUGGAAAUCAAUUCAUUGUGAUCCUUGGAAUCCCAAAUGCAGUUCAGACCCAGCUGGAUGAGAAUAGAAACAGCCUUGAUGGGAUCCCCUUUCGAUUUAUGUUUGACGGUAGCACAGGAUUGAUCAAGAUCAUUCCAUCCUAUGCUCAUGCCGCAGCAACCCACAAGUUCGUCGACACCAUUACUUAUACAGGCGCUGCUCUUGGUGUCCCCCUUAAUGAUAUCGGAUGGGCUGGAAACACAACGUUCAGAACAACUGUGGACAACAAAGGCAAACAGCCUGACAACUGUCUGCUUCCCAGCACUCGACAAGGUCGUGGAGGCCAACCUCCGGGGUGGCCGACAAUGGUCCUUGAAUCGGGCGUUUCUGAAUCACUGUCUAAAUUACAUGAGGACGCAAGAUGGUGGUUUGAGAAUUCCAACGGCCAAGUGCGCAUCGUUAUUGUCAUGAGUGUUAGGCGGACUAGUCGCACGAUCUUGCUUGAGAAAUGGCAGCUUGCAUCACUGCAGUAUCCAUAUAUCGCCCAGCAAGUCACCAUUACUCCGAACACGGUUGUUGGCAAUGUCCCUCUCUGUCUUCCCUUCCAGGUCUUGUUCGACCGGCUGCCUGAAGGCAAUGAAACAGAUUUUCUCCUUGAUAAUCAAGCUCUAAUGAACCUUACUUUGUACUUGUGA